AUGCCGAGCGUAGAUAAUUCUCAUGAAGAAUCUCAAUACGUUUCAACUCUGUUCACUUGGUCGCAAUGGGGUGAACAUGUUUGUAUAGCUGGUUCAUUUGAUCCUCCAACACCAACAUGGACUCCAAUUGACAUGCCAAAAAAUUCAGAUGGUGUUCACGAAGCAAUUUUGAAGUUGUUACCAAAUAAAAAAUAUUAUUAUAAAUUUGUUAUUGAUGAUAAUUGGGUUUUGGAUCCUACUUUAGAUUCUUUCCCUGAUGACCAAGGAAAUUUUAAUCAUGAAAUAUGCGUGGAUCCAGUUCCUGAUGAAAAAUCUUACGAGAAACCUGUUGCGGAGGAUCCUCCUCGUAACGAGGAGGAAGUUCCAGAUGUUCCAAAAGUGGUGGUUGAAGAAAUUCAUCUAAACGAUGAGAAAGUUGGAGAAUCAAACGUCACUGAUGAAAAUGAUGAAUUAACCAAUGAACCCUUGGACAAACGGGAACCAACAGAAAUAGUCAUUUCACCCGAAAUUGAAGAACCCUCUCCGGCCUCAAUCAUUAAUGACGAUGUUUCAAAAGAAACCAUUAAUGAACCUGUAUCCACAGAAUACGUCGCAAUUGAUAAUUCUCCGGACCCAAUCGUUGAUGACGAUGAAUCAAAAGAUGAACCUGUAUCCGCAGAAUACGUUGCAACUGAGAUUCCUCCGGCCCCAAUCGUUGACGACGAUGUAUCAAAAUAUGAACCUGUAUCCGGAGAAAACGUCGCAACUGAGAUUCCUCCGGCCCCAAUCGUUGACGACGAUGUAUCAAAAGAUGAACCUUUAUCCGCAAAAAACGUCGCAAUUGAAAAUCUCCAAUAUAUCGAAUCACAAAAUACUUCCAAACCUAUCAAGAUGAAAAUUAACCCUGUUGACAUUGAUGAAGAUGUCGAAGAAAUAAAUAUUAGUCAUAAUUCGACUCUUGAACAAGAAAGGAAAGUGGGAACAGACGAUAAAAAAUCACCAAAUAUUCCGCCACAAGGAACUGUUCAAAUUGAAGAUUCUAAAAUUUCGAAAACUUCAACGGUAGAUCCAACUGAAUUGGAUAUGUUCAAUAAUCUUACUUGGGCUAAAGAUGAUUUAUCAGACGACGAUGUUGAUGUUUCUAGUUCUUGGUUAGAACCACCAAUGGCAGAUUACGUUGAUCCACCUUCUACAUGGGAUCUAAAUAAAAGUGAAUCUGUUGUAUGGGCUGAAGAUUCUCCAGAUUCUAACAUUGAAUGGCCAGAUAUCGUUCACGCUAAGCAAGAACAAUUGGCAAGUUCCUGGAGGGAUGAACUUCUCAAAAAGUCCGAGGAACACGCAAACGAUGAGGGAAUUCAAUCACGUGAAGAAACUGCUUCUGAGCAGAUAAAACAUUCAAAUGAGGCUUUGUUAAAUGAAAUUCCAUCAUCGACAAAUAUCAACGAUAGUUUGAAGAAUCUCACAGACUUGAAUAAUGAGAAGUCACCCGUAAAUAGAACCUUUGUUGAAGAAAAUAGUGAAAAGAAAAAGGUCCUUGAGUUCAAGGAGAGUGUUGUUGAACGUGAACACGAUGUUUUGAAAAAUAAACUAGUUAUUAAAGAAAACAUUACCUACGAGGACGUUUAUACAACGUUUGAAAAACCAGAAAGUAGUGCUACAGCUUCUAUGAAGAUAUCGUCAAUACCCACAGUUGUUACAGCAGCACCAGUAAUCGUAGAUAACACAAUGUCACAAGAUAAACAACUUGAUGACUAUUUAGAUCAAGGUAUUGAAGAAGAAAACCGAUCAAGAGAACAACAUGAUUUCGUUAUUUCAAAGACGAUCGAAGUACUGAAGAAUUUAGAGCAAGAACCCCAAUCAAUCUCGAAUGCUCCGGGUGCCAAGAUAAGUCAACGUAAGAUCAUUUCGUUUUCACCAAAUUCGUCACCUGGUGAAUCAACGCGAAAUGUUGAUACAUGUAUUCAAAAUAUAGCUACCUUGUCAUCACGAGGAAUAUCAACUCAAACCAAAGAAACCACCACCAUAAAGUCCAAGUCAAAGAAACCUAAAGAGAUGACAACUUCUCGAGAGAUAUCACAAAAAGAUCCAAUUUUAGCUGUCCAACGUAAUGAUAUUGUAGAUAGUGGGGGUGGUAUUAUUUAUUUGGUUACAUCAUUAGCAACAACGUUUACUCUUGGAAUAAUUUCGAUGCUAUUUAAAGCCGUUUUUGGAAAGAAAAAGAAUAAAUAA